CGUGAAAUAGAAAAUGGUCUGUUUGUGAAAUUAUCGCUUAAAAACAUGAAUAUCAUUGUAAAUACAUGGAAAUAAAUGAAACCGAUAGACUAGAAGAUACAUACAUACAUCAAAAUUAAAUUUAUCGAAUUAUAGACGUUGCAAGAUCAAUAUUGAGCAAAUAAGAUCUUGAAAAGAAUAUUAUCCAAAGACAUCCAGUAUGCAAAGGGAUAUACAAGGUAUUGUCCAGAAGCUUAGUGGACAGGUGGAAAGUACUAGAGGUACCUGUCGGAAAUGUGGAUAUGCUGGUCACAUGACUUAUCAAUGUCGCAACUUCCUAAAAAGUGACCCAAAGAAAUCCAUUGUACUUGAUGUAAGCAGUACAAGUUCAGAUUCAGAAGAUGAAUUUGUUACUCCAUUGGCACAAUGGGCAAAAGAGGACAAAGAGAAAGCAGAAACCAAGAAGAAAGAACACAAAAAGAGAUCCAGAUCUAAAUCUAAGAGAUCAAGAUCUCCCCAUGCAAAGAAAAAAAGACAUCACAGUAGCAGCAGUGAUAGUUCUGAUGACUCCAGUGAUGCUGAUUCAAAAUCACACAGACGAAAACAUAAAAAACACAAAAAACACAAACAUUCACACAAACAUUCGCAUAAGAAAAGUUCACAUAAGAGCAAACAUAAGAAAAGACAUUAUUCAAGUUCACCGGAAUGACUAGUGCAUGAGCUAACAAAACAUGUACUAGAUAAAUCAAAGUAUGAUGAAGAAAAACGAAAAAGACCAGAUGGUGCUGAACAUCACGGACAUCAUCAUAAGAAGCACAAGUAUGCUUAAGACCAUCAGUAAAGUGACACAAGGAAUCAUAUACAAACACAGGCUAUAGAACUAUGUGGCCAAGCUAAAAGCUAGAUGUGAGUUGGAGGGGACUGAUAAGAAGGGUCAAUCAAAGUUGGAUCCUUAUAUGGAUGAGAGAACAGUCAAGGCUUAACUCCUAAUAUGGACAUAAGUCUCCUGAGAUAUUUUAUCUUUCAAUUAAUUGUACUUGACUGUAUAUUUGAUUUAUAUCUUUAUAUAAACUUUUAUUAGAAUGCUAGUAAACUCAUUGUAUGGACUACGCUGAAAAGAAAUAAUAGAAUUUGAAUCAUGGGAAGUUUGAUUUUGAUAUACUAUUAGAAAUGUUCAUAAUAUACAAGGGUGAUAUCAUUGUAAU